GGGAACGUAGAAGCGGCGCCAUUGUGAGAACAAGCCAGGAGAAGAGGGCGACAGCGGUAGAAGCAGCAGCCUGUCGGAUGAUGGGUCCGGGCCCCUGCGUAUGCCUAGUGCUCCUUAGCCUACGGCUCAAUGUCUCAAGCUGGUGCACAUCUGCAGGGCGCCCAGCGGAGCACCGACCGCAGUCUCUAUGGUCUUGGCCGACCUUCCUGGCCUACGCUUCUACCAAGUCCUGCCACGUCAUCUGGCCGCUCGUCUCCGGCUAUGUGGAUGCCGCAGCCCACUGCACGCCUGCACCACUCCGGCCAUAGAACUCCGACACUCCACAUACAGUACCAUGGUGGAACUUGCUGUGUCACGGAUUCACGCGUCGCCCCCAAACUGCAGGCGUGAAGAGCGUGCGACAAACCGAGGUCUGCGCCGACAUUUUCUUGGGCUGCAGGUCACAUCGGUCUCAAUCGAUCCUCUGAAUGGUACCUCGCACUGGAACAACGCGCUACGCAGAAGUUACGGAGGCGAAGCGGACGAGGUUUCCCACGACGAGUCACAUAAGAAACACCACGAGUGUCAUUGGUCCUACGAUGGAGUAGAAGGGCCCAAACCGGAGAACUGGGGCGACCUGGUCUUCUGCAUGCCUGGAAGCGUAUGCGCCACGGGCUCCGUUCAGUCGCCCAUCGAGAUACCUUCAGGUCUCAUUGAGGAAAGCGCGAACCUCAAGCUGGAAAACUACCAGAGAGAGUUCGUGCAGUUCGACGUAGACGUGGACGGUCACGCGACCCUGGUGGUCAUCAAGGAAGGCGGCGCGGCUCCGUCUGUGGAAAGCGCAGACGUGCUCGGCCAAGGCAAAUUUGUGCUGCAACAGUUUCACUUCCACCUCGGCUCCAACGACAGCCAGGGAGCGGAACACAAGAUCGACGACGCUGGGCACGGCUUUCCCAUGGAGGUCCACUUCGUCCACGCCAAGGAAGGCAAAAGCAGCCUGAAUGAGGCCCUCAAGGAGCCCGGCAAUGUACUCGUUCUGGCUGUCCUAUUACAGGUGGAAGACAAACCCGCGGACAAUAAAACGGACGCUGCGCUCCAAGCCAUUAUCGACAAGAUUGGCGUCGCCGCUGACUCCGCCAAGAAACUGAAGCUCGGCGACAUCGUAGGCCCCAUCACGAGUUACUACAACUACAAAGGCUCCCUGACGACACCGCCCUGCACCGAGGGUCUCGAGUGGAUCGUUCUCGACUCGCACCCUUCGGUGAAGAAGACAACGCUCCAAGCGUUGCGCGACAAGACGCCGAAGGUGCCCAAGAACAACUUUCGUCCGUACUACAAGACUUCCCAGGACCGUGAAGUGAAAAAGUACACCACGACAACGUAGUUGCAAUAAAGCUCGACUUCUCUCCAGCGCGA